AUGGAUCCCAAACUCAACAUGAUGGCGCAGGACAAGCCCAAUCCGGAAGAAGCAGGCAAUGCCUUGUCAAGUUCGACUGUCAUUCCCGACAGUCAGCUCGAAAAGCAAGUCCUCCGAAAGCUGGACUUGCGACUUGCACCACUUUUCGCGACCCUUUACUUCGUAGCGUACCUCGAUCGAAGCAAUAUCGGAAAUGCGGCUGUAGCCGGCCUGACCGAAGACCUUGGUCUGUCUGGUUCUCAGUUCAGCACCGCCGUCAGCGUCUUCUUUGCAACGUAUAUUGCAUUCGAGCUUCCGGUCGUCCUUGCGAUGAGGAAGCUUAAGCCACAUCGAGCUAUUUCUAUAAUGUGCUUUGGCUGGUCAGUCGUCACAAUUGGUACAGCAUUCACCAAACGGUUCGGUGACUUGGUGGCUGUUCGUCUUCUUCUGGGCUUGUGUGAAGCAGGCUUCUUUCCUUGCCUUUCUUUGUACAUCACGAUGGUUUAUAAACGGGAAGAGCAGGGUUUGCGAUUGGCAUUCCUCUUCACUUCGGUCUCACUCGCUGGCAUUUUCGGGGGGUUGAUUGCAACGGCGAUUACCGAGAUUGGGCACAGCGCAGGGCUUAGAGCUUGGAGCUGGCUCUACAUUAUCGAGGGGCUGAUAUCCCUACUUGCUGUUACGUGGUUCUUCCAGGACAUUAUCCUGUAUGGGUUCAGUACUUUCCUGCCUUCUAUCCUGCGACUUGAUCUGGGGUUCACCGCACUUGAGGCACAAUAUCUCAGCAUCCCAGUGUAUUUCGUGGGAGGUCUCAGCGUUUUUACAGCUGCUAUUCUUGGAGACAAGUGGAGGCUUCGAGGAACGUCGACAAAGUUCCUUCUGGGCCUUGACGUGUUUGCGGUCGUUGGGUAUGCGAUCCUUCUUGGUGUUGCAAAUGGUCCUGGCAUCCGAUACUUUGCGUGCUACCUCAUCGCUAUCCCGCUUUACUGCGGACCCGGUCUCAACGAAAUUUAUGAGCUGACGCUUGUGGUUAGGGAUCAGUAA